AUUAACCUAGAAUUCUUAUUCCAUUUCAGCGGUAGGUUAUCGAACAUUGCAGAAGUGCAAUGGGACGUGUGAUUCGUGCACAGCGUAAGGGUGCGGGUUCAGUCUUCAAGUCCCACACCCACCACCGCAAGGGACCGGCUCGCUUCCGGAGCCUGGACUUCGGGGAGCGGAAUGGCUACCUCAAGGGUGUCGUUACCGACGUCAUACACGACCCUGGCCGCGGUGCCCCACUUGCCAAGGUGACUUUCCGCCACCCAUUCAGAUACAAGAAGCAAAACGAGCUCUUCGUUGCCGCCGAAGGCCUUUAUACGGGUCAGUUCAUAUACUGUGGCAAGAAGGCCACUCUCGUAGUUGGUAAUGUUUUGCCCCUUCGCUCUAUCCCUGAAGGAGCUGUUAUAUGCAACGUUGAGCACCAUGUCGGUGACCGUGGUGUCUUUGCUAGGGCUUCCGGCGAUUAUGCCAUCGUUAUCAGUCACAACCCUGAUAAUGACACCUCUAGGAUUAAGCUUCCAUCUGGGGCGAAGAAGAUUGUCCCAAGUGACUGCAGAGCCAUGAUUGGGCAAGUUGCAGGUGGUGGAAGGACUGAGAAGCCUCUUCUUAAGGCUGGAAAUGCUUACCACAAGUUUAGGGUGAAGAGGAAUUGUUGGCCCAAGGUGCGUGGUGUUGCUAUGAAUCCUGUUGAGCAUCCUCACGGAGGAGGUAACCACCAGCACAUUGGUCAUGCCAGUACUGUCAGGCGUGAUGCUCCUCCUGGUCAAAAGGUUGGUCUGAUUGCCGCUAGGAGGACUGGUCGUCUUAGAGGACAAGCUGCUGCAACUGCUGCCAAGGCAGAUAAGGCUUAAGGAGAGUGUUGUUAGGAUUGGUAUAUUUGAUUGCUCGUUUUUCAGUUUUGUUUUUCUUUCUCUCAUAGAUUGUUAUGUUAAUCUGUUUGUCCUCUCUUUUUAGAACCAUUUUCUGCCCAAAACAUGGAGUUUUUAAUAGACGGUCAUUUAUAUUUGUUUGAAUUA